AAGAAAAUGGACAACAAAAAAUGCACUUCUAUUGAGAAAUAAAUGCCAUACUGAGGAAUAAAUGCGUACAGACUGAUGAGAAAAUCAUAACAGACUGAGAAGUUAAUGCGUACUGACUGAUCAGAAAAUCCUAACAGACUGAGGAAUAAAUGCGUACAAACUGCAAAAUGAAAAUUGACUGAUCGACGAAAAAUCAAAAAGAAAAAUGUCCCGUCGAAGAGAUUUUGAAGACGGAAGAUGGAGGGGAGGAGAGGGGAUGGAGGAGGAAGGGAGAAGAGGAGGAGGGAUGGAGGAAGGAUGGAGAAGAGGUGGAGGAGGAAGGAGGAGAGGGAGAGGGGGUAGCUUCGGAACUAUCACAGUAACUGAUGCAGUCAGGAUUGGAGUCAACCUUGCUCUCAACAAAUUCCGAAAUGAUGAGAACGAGACAGAACUAGAGUUUCCUUCGUCAUUUACGAGCAUAGAGAGAGCUUAUGUUCACAAGAUGGCCAUAGAGCUAGGUCUCAAGUCUAAAUCACGUGGCCAGGGACAAAACAGAUACUUGACAGCGUUUAAGAAGGAUGAAAGUACAAUUGUGAGCAAGGAUGCAAUACUAACUCUAGUCCAGGAUUCCAUCACAUUGAUUUCUAAUCUUCUUCUUAAAUAUCCAAUCAGUAUGCGCGAACGCGCGGAGUUGCUGCCAAUAAUAGAGCGCACUAUGACUGGUAGAGAAGGAAUUCAAGCCACCAGGAGAACAGGCAGACUCGGCUCAGGAAUACCUAUGAUUCCUGACAAGUUUGGUGGAAAGGAAUACCUUCAGAGAAGAAAGGAAUUACCUAUUUGGGCUCAGAGACAGGAAAUCAUAGAAACAAUUAGAGACAAUCAGGUAAUAUUAAUAACUGGAGAUACAGGUAGCGGGAAAACUACCCAAGUUCCUCAGUUUCUGCUUGAAGAUGCGUUUACCCAACAGCGCCCGGUCAGAGUUGUGGUCUGUGAACCUAGACGGCUAGCGGUCACCACAGUCUCAGAACGCGUAGCACAGGAACGUGACGAGGUUCUGGGUCAGACUGUCGGAUACCAGAUCCGUUUAGACGCUUGUACAUCGGAGCAGAACCUUCUCACAUUCUGUACUUACGGAGUUCUACUUAGGAGUCUCAUGGGUGGGGAUCAGGUCUCCUCCAACUUCACCCACGUGGUGAUAGACGAGGUCCAUGAGAGAGAUAAGUUAUCUGACUUUCUACUCACUGUUAUUAGGGAUAUACUGGAGAAGAACUUAAACCUUAAACUUAUUCUAAUGUCAGCUACAGUAGAUACCAGACAGUUUAUCAACUAUUUUCCUAACUGCGUCUGGGUGAGUGUACCUGGUCGUAUGUACCCUGUUGAAGAGCAUCACCUGGAGGAUGUACUUCUUGCCGUACAGUACAACAAUUCAGGAGGAACGAAACCAAAAUACAGUGGUGUAAAACCAACCUUGAGAAGUGAACCAUCCAUUGCUCCAGCACAACAACCUCCUGCUGUAGAGACUGAUGACGAUGUUCUCAUCGAGGAGGACGGAUCCGAGGUUAAAUAUGUGGACUCCAACCUGGACGGUCUCCUGAGCUCCGGAUUCCUGGAUGGGAACCAGGAGAGUAUUGAUCUUCUCUACUCUAUUCUUGAAUCUGAUAUUAGUGUGAUGAACUACCAACACUCGGAGAAGGGUGUAACCAUUCUGAUGGUGGCGGCCGCCUGGGGUGCAAAGGACUUACUGGAGUUCCUAUUGGAGCUUGGAGCAAAUAUUCACAUAACAGCACCCAAUGGUUGGACAGCACUGGACUUCGCUAGGAAUACAAACCGUGAAGAAUCAGUCAAACUUCUUGAACAACAUAUACAUCAACAUCAGGAUAUCGUCGACGAACCGGAAUCGUCCACCGUGACGAAGCUGACGGAAGAGCAGCGUCAGGUGUUGGAAUUUUAUCAGAAUUCCUUUGAUGAUGAUGAAGUUGAUCAUGGUUUGAUAGCUGAACUCCUGGUUUAUAUAGAUCAGCAGGAGCCUGGAGCUGUUCUUGUUUUUCUUCCAGGAUACGAAGAUAUUGUCAGUAUUAAGGAGAUGUUGCAGCAAGAUAAUCGUGCGAAGAACCUGUUAGUCCUCACACUUCACUCACAGAUGGCGAGCAGUGAGCACAAGAAAGCAUUUGAACCAACACGACCUGGGUUCAGGAAGGUCAUUCUAUCCACUAAUAUAGCAGAAACUGGAAUAACACUUAACGAUGUUAUCUAUGUAAUAGAUUCAGGCAAAGUGAAGGAGAAAUCGUUUGAUGCAUUAACUAACUCGACAAUGCUGAAAUCAGAUUGGAUUUCACAAUCAUCAGCUACCCAGAGGAAAGGAAGAGCGGGAAGGUGUCAGCCUGGCAAAGUCUACCGACUCUUUUCCUCCAUUAGGUACUCCCACCUGGCUUCCUACCAGACUCCUGAGAUACUCCGGACUCCUCUCCUAGAGCUCUGUCUCCAGUCUAAGCUCUUGGCUCCUCCGAACACUCCGAUUGCGGAUUUUCUGGCAAAAGUUCCAGAGCCUCCAGCAUUUCUUGUAACCAGGAAUGCUGUACAGUCUCUUAAAACAUUAGAGGCUCUUGACCAAUGGGAAGAGGUCACAGUUCUAGGCUCACAUCUUCUAGAUAUUCCACUAGAUCCUGUUUAUGGUAAAAUACUACUUUAUGGUGUAGUAAUGAGAUGUUUGGAUCCUAUUCUAACCAUCUGCUGUUCUUUAUCCUACAGGGAUCCCUUCCUUUUACCGUCAGAUAGUCGUGGGAAGAAGACUGCUGAUAUUAUGAAGAAACGAUUAGCAGGGAAUACAUUCAGUGAUCAUUAUGCUCUUCUUAAUGCAUUUAAGGAGUGGGAUCUAGCGCGGUCUAAGGGACAGGAGAGGGGAUGGAGUCUCAGGAAUAAUAUAUCUAACUCUACUAUGCUCAUGAUAGACGGGAUGAAAGCUCAGGUUUUAAACCAUUUAAAGCAGAGUAGGUUUAUACCCUGCAGUGGAGGAACGGGACGCUACAACUCCAACAGUGGAAACUGGUCCGUUGUUAAAUCCUGCAUUGUGGCAGGCCUUUAUCCAAACCUUGCCAGGUAUGACCGAGAUGCCCGGCAGCUGAGAACUAGUCGUGAGAGUAAGGUUAAAAUCCAUCCUGGGAGUGUUUGCUCAGAUCUAAAUAAACAAAUAAAGACUCGUGGCCUACCUUCUGAUUGGUUAAUAUUCACCGAGAUGACACGUGUUGGGCGCACAACCUAUAUCCGUGGCGUGUCAUUCAUCACCCCGGCCUGUGUUGGACUACUCUGCGGCCCGUCCCGGCUACCGGCCAGCGUGUGGGAGACAGGAGAGAGGACGGGUCAGGUCAAUCAGUAUAUAGAGGAGACUAGUGAUUCUGAAGAGGAAGAUCAUGAUCUCCAGGAUUCUAUAAUAGUAAACCUUGAUCCUUGGGUCUCCUUCAGAACAACCUCUUCGUAUGCCCAGCGUCUACUACAGUUAAGACAGAAAUGGACUCUGCUCUGGCACAGAACACUCUCUCAUAAAUAUGAUGCAGCACAGGAGAUAGUUGACAAUAUUGUUGUGGCGGCUGUUGGUGAGGUUCUACAGCUGGAGGAUCAACAACAGGGUCUUAUCAGCCAACAACCGUACAGGAAUCGGUUAGCUGAAGCACUGAGUAAGGUUCAUCUAAAUGAUGCUGAGCCAAGACUUCAAGAUAUUCCACCCCCCUCAAGAGGCCUUGAUGUCCCGCCUAUGUUGAGACCCCCACCCAACCUUCCAACCACAUAUUUCCUGGUUCGACCUAGUCCUGGCAGCCUCAAUGCCCUGGAGUCUGCCAUGUCUCAUGGUAACACAGCAGUUUGGUCUUUUUCUCCUGCUGUAGAGAGACGGAUUCUGGUUUCAAUUCAGCAGGGUAGAAGUGUUGUAGUUCUAUUCAACAUCACUGGAACACAUCAAAUACAGGGCUCUGCAGCUGUCUUUGGACAAAGAGUGAGUGAAGGAAACAGAGUUGGACAACGGAUUGAGUGGCUGAGUAGACAACCCUUGGAUUUAAACCAUCUUGGUCCAUUGCUGUCAACUCCAGAACUGCAGCAGUGGAAAGAUAUUACGGAAAUAUCUGCAGACGCAGCUAGACCGUUCCUAACACAACAUAACCCUAUGGUGCCUGGUGCAGGGCGGGGGGCACGACGAGGAAAAUACUUGAGGAGAAAUUAGUCAGUUUUAUUUUUAAAUGUAAAUUUUUUAGCCAAAUUUUGACCAUUUUUUAGCAGAAAAUUGUAAAUAUUAAUCUUUUGUCUUUCAUUUUUUUGUUUGUUUCGGAAAAUUCUAUCUAGUUCACGUGUUUUCAAUUGUAAAUUCUAGAUUUUUCAUUUUUUUUUUUUACACCUCAUUACAAAAUUUGUUUAAUAUUGGUGUAUGACUUUUUCUGAGUGAAAUAAAUCUUUAGAACCUAA